AUGCCAAGACAUAUUUAUAUUCUUCUCAUAGAUUGCUUCCUUUGCUUAUCAGUCGCGUGCACUUUCCUAUUUGAGCAUGUAAGGAGUCCAAAAAAAACAGUUACCUUCGACAAAGAUUUCCACAAAAAUAAGGUUAACGUGAGAAACAAGAAGAAGUAUCUAUUUGUUUGUAGAAAUUCGUCCACAAAGGGAAAGAGGAUAUCUUCAAAAGGUUUCAUUUUGAAGCACCACAAGGUGAACCAUCUACCAAAUCAAAUACCCAACAACGAAAUUACCCUGUUAAGAACAAACCGCAAGUCCUUCCUUACAUUAAACAAGUUUAAAAUAUUCAGUAAUGACAUUCGAAAAGACAGUUUUUCAAAAAAUAGUGAAGAUGGAGGAGAAAAUGAGCAGGAAAAUGAACAAAAUCGAAUGAGUGAAAAAAAUGACAAGUGGAGAAAGUAUUACGAAGACAAGAGAAAAAAAGAAAUAUUGAAAGAUUUAGAUAGCAAUGUGCGGAAAAAGGGGGGAGGAUUGAUAAGUGGUAGUCCUGAGGGAAGGGACGAUUCUGUUGAUGAAGGAGUGAGUAGCCGAGAUAGCGGCAGAGAGGAUCAUCGCACAGGGGAAGAGGGUGGCCAAAAUGAGAAAGAUAGGAAAUAUUACGGAGAAUAUGAGGAGGACGACGAAGAUGAAGAUGACGAUGAAGAGGAAGACGACUAUGACUCAUACGACACUGGUGAGGAGGACGACACACACGACGUCCAUGCACACCGGACCACACAUAACAGGAGGGAUGCCCAACUGAAUUACCCCUACGACCACGAAGGGGCAGAAGAGAAAAACCUCUUUUUUGCGAACAGUAAGAACAGCGAAAGCGCGCAUGGUAAAUUUUAUGACGACAGAAGGAGUGGGACCCCUUCCAAUCCCCCCUCAAUAAAUGAAAGCAUAAAUAAUAUCUUCUCAUCAAGAAGAACCACGAAAGAUUUUCCCCUCUUUUUCCCCUUGAACAAUAAGCCUUUCGAAAAUAGCAACAAUAAAUAUUUCGAUAAAAUUUGCAGUAUCCCCCCAAAUGAGCUAAUUAAUCGAUUUUUUGAAAACACAUCCGAAAGGGUUAAAGAAUCUGUGAAAAAUAUCAUUUUUAACAUUAUUGGAAAUAUUCAAAAGUACACCAUCGAAACUUCUAUUUUGAUUACCUACGACAAAAUUUACAACUUCCUCCUCCAAAUUAUCCUCACGGGGUAUAUGAUAAAAAACGCUGAUUAUCGACUGAGUCUUAAUGAGUCCCUUUACGACCAAAAUGAUAUUAUCAACAGGAAGGAAGACGACUUGUUCAAUUUGAAAAAAUCCUUUUAUGGCUUAUUUAGUGAUAUCCACAACAGAAGUGGGGAAGAGACACUCAACGCAAGUGAGUUAAGUAAGUCGAAAAAUGAGAGUCCCGAAGCGCCAAACGAGAAUGCGCAAGAUAUGCAAAGAAGCCCCAACGUUGGUGGGAACCCCCUAACCAAUAGUAACUUACAGGAUCAUCGUAGCAGUGAUAGUGUUCUGGAUGAGGAUGUAAACCCGUAUAGUUAUGAAGGAGGGAGCCACCAAUUACAAUCAGAGGAUGCAUCCUCCUUAAGCGGCAAAAAUGACGAAAGCGAUAACUUCCCAAUGAUUAACACCAAAAAUUAUAUUAUAUUUUUAAGGAAGAAAAUCAAGUCUUUAGAAAUGCAGGUAAAGAAAUUGAAAGAAAAUAAAACCAUUUUAAAUGAAGAUUUACUUUCUUACAUAAAAUCACUCACAGAUGUGCAGCUCCGUUCGCUGACGGACAAUAUUGGACCAUUGGUCCUCGAUGCAACGAAAAAAAUUGUGGAAUUAGUAAUACAGGGCAUGACAUUGAACAUUAAUAAAAAUUCGUCUAAUGAAUUAAUAUAUGUAAGUGGCUCUGUGCUCACUUACAUCUGUUUCUGGCAGUUGAUAAUCGGGUACACACUGAGGGAGAUGGAAAUUCGUGAUGAACUCUCCGAUUAUCUGAAGGGCAGCUAG